UCCCGUACUUCACUCGUCCAUCUAUCCUGCCUUCCCUUUCCCCAAGUAAGUAUUCGUACAUCGUAGGUAGGUACGCAAGACUGGUCCAAACGACGAGAACCUUCCCACCUCGACGGUUGAGGUACCUACCCAUCUUGGUAUCCUGUUGAGUCAGCCAUGACAGCUUCUGCCUCUGUCCAAGGCUACCUGCUUUCGGGCCUUACCCCGACGGAGAACACUCCGUUCCGUACCUGACUCUCCGAGAUGCCAUCGACAGAACAGAGACGCAGCGGGCCUCCUCAAAUCUUGCAUCUUGAAUCAGUAGAAUCGCCGCGCUCGGAAAUCGUGGCACAGACCCCCCGUCCCUAUACGGGAGACGUCUGUGUCUGCCUGCCACACAUGUUCGUACACUCCAAGUACCACCCAUGCAUCCAUCCAUCUCAGCUAGUCGCCCAUUCGAGGUAUCCAUUCGACAGGCGUCGGCCACUACACACACAUACACACACACCACCGUCCGUCCGUCCGUCCGUCCGUCCCCCGUUGUCGUUGUCAAAUCGAUUGACUUUGCAUAUCCUUCGGACCCGGAGCCCGCCCCGACAACAUGCCGAGGCCUACGCUUGUUCUCUCUUGAUUUCCCGUUCCUCUUUUACGUCAUUGCCUGCUUCCUCCGCGCCUCGCUUUCGUCCUCAGCUCCGGUUUUGGUCGACGGCCAUCGUCCAAGUUUCUAUGCUCCCAACACCGAACGACCGAUUUCGCCCAGGAAUACUUCCGGCAAAUGUCGGACCAGAUAAGCCCUGUGCCAUGGGGGGGGGGGGGGGGGGGCACUCCCACCUGCGCGCCAGAAUCACCGGCCGGUGAGAUUGGGUUUCAAAGUCGGACUGAACCCGCUCCUCAUGAGGUUGCCACAGUUUCAAGCCUCGGCGGAUUAUGGCUGCGUCCAGACGUCUUUGGCUGCAAUUCUCCAAGCCUCCAGCAGCAGAAGCAGCGCUGUUGCCUCACGUGCUCGAAUCCGAACCACCUGCCUCGUCUUGUGCCGCCUGCUGCCGAUCCAGCAGAUCUCGGUUUCUUUUGGAACCAUAUUCAGCCGGCAA